AUGAACUUGAUAUAUCGUUUCUUCAUUGUGUUGAUCAUUCACUUCCUUUUCGAAUUCUCAGUCAGGACGAGAGGCGAAAACAUAUGUCCGCAUUUGGACCAUGCAGCUGAGACGAAGGUCACUCUCGGAGUACAGCUGAACGAUUAUGCUCGCAAUGACGAACGAGGUCCAAUUCUGGUUACCUUCACUAAUCAAAGCUCUGAUGCGAUCGCGUCAAUCGAACGUCUGCAGCUCGUGAGAGAUGUUAAUGUCUCCGACAGCAAAACAAGCUACUUCAUUCAGAAAACAUCACGACUAACAUUCAGUGCUUUUACCCCACAAAGGAUUCGAGCAAAGGUGCAGAGGCUCCCAGUGUGAUCAUCUUCACAGUAGACUCCUGGCGUGGCUCGUUGGAAUGAAAACUUUCGCAGCAUGUCAGUCUAAACCAAGUCAAAUCGGAGUAGGUUGUCGCUGCUGGAUGAGUUGCAAGCAUCCUGUCUGUACUCUUGAUGGAGCAUAUGGCUCCUCUGCUAACUUUUGGUCGGAUUGUUGACGUAGAUUGGUGAUGUCUGUAGCAGUAUUGUUGUCAUAUAUUUACUGCACAGAGGAGAGUUGCGGUUUAUUGCAAGCACUGCUGCGUGAGGUUGAACUUGCUGACACCAGCUGACUUUCCGCUUGCUCCUGAUCGUUGAUUUGGAGAAAAAGAAGGUUUUGUGCUCCUCCGAUCGACUCAUGAUCGCUGUCUUGAUUUUUUUGUUUCAGAACCAUAUUCGCAGAAAUGUCACGGAGCCCACCUCCAUUCGCGAAGCGGCUCGAUGACAACCUAUACGCCCUAAAUGAGAGAGCUGACUUUGACAUGUCCAUCAUCUUCUUCCACGGGCCCUGUUAUGAUGGAGAGGACAUUGGUGAAAUGUAUUUGCGCGAUUGGGUUUCGUUCUGUCAAAAUGCUAGCGAUGCCGAAGUUGUGUGGCCAAAGGCUUGGCUGGCGGAAGACGUGUCAGGUGCCCGGAUAUAUUCUGCCACUUACGAUCUUAGCCUGAAGGUUACAUCGAGAAACGGGAGACAAGAUUACUACCUGAUAGGAGAGAACUUGUUAGGCAGCAUAUUCCUGCAUGCACAGGAGUACGAGAUGUGGUCAAAACCCGUGGUCUUGGUGGGUCAUUCUCUUGGAGGAAUCGUUAUCAAGCAACUUCUGCUGAAAGCUCACCACAUUCUGGGGGCCGGAAGUGGCGGAUACAACAAAGGAAGGGUCAAGCAGUUCCUGGACAACAUCAUCCUGAUUUACUACUACUCAACGCCUCAUUGUGGCAUGACACUGCGCGUGGAAGAAGAUUCGGAUGGCCCCCUCAGCCUCUCUUGCCCCCCGAGUCGAAUAUGGAAAAAUGCCAGAACUCUGAAUGCGUACCUCUCACGGCUACAGCAUGAGUUCAGUCAAAUGUCUAGCUUGUACAGGACCGAUGACAAGAAAUGGCGGAAGGCUACAAUUGGAGAAACUUCUAUGACUAAGUGGGACCUAGGGGGAAUACACGACGUGCUGGUGCCGGAAGGAUCUUGGAGAGGCGACGAUUGUGACAGUUACAUGACAGCGGACGCCGACCACUUCUCGGUGUGCAAACCGACUAGCAAAACUAGCAACAGUUAUAUCGAUCUCCUGAGCCAGAUUGAGGCUUGCCAUUAUCAGCUUCGAAUGACCCAGCAGGUUCGGGAAGCAGUCACAAGAAGAGUGAUAGUCUCCAGAGAAACUUCCUUGAAGGAGUUGCCAAGUUUAGACCUGGCCUCGCUCGUAGAUCUGAAGGAACGAUUGAAGAACGCCCCCGUAGAAAUCAAAACUCAGCUUGUGGACUCAUCAGACUUCCUCCAUGACCUCGUCGGCCUCUUGAGCGAAGAAGGGCGGGAUGAGGGAUGGGAUGCCGAUGGCCGGAUCCGUGCCACUACGGCAUAUAUUCUAUAUUUUCUGGCAGGCGUGAAGAAGUUGAGGGCCAAAAUCGGCCUAUAUCCACAGGCGUUGUUGAGGCUGCUGAACCUGCUGCACAUGAACGUGGGAGAAAAGUUGGAGGUUGUCAAGGCCACGCUGUAUGCAUUGCGCGUUCUCGCACGCGACGGCCCAUCGGCGAAGGCUAUAUGUCGAAGGGAAGGAGCUCUCGACCAGCUGGUCAUCCUGAUGGACAGCGAUGAGGAUACAGACAUGAGAGUCAAAGCAGCCACGACGCUGGCUUUCGCGACCGACGAGCUUAGACAAAACGAGAACAGCUUUCUCGAUCGCGAGAGAGCAUGUGAAGUACUUGUGCGCAUGCUGGAGGAGAAGCAAAUUCCGAGCCUUCAGUAUUCCGCCGCCCACGCCUUGGCGAAUUUUCCUGAGUACUACAGCGAAUUAGCACAGCAGCCAAAAGCUCUCAUGACUUUGGCCAUAUUACUGCUUGGGAACAGAAGUGUAGAGAGCGGAGAGCAUAAUGAGGAGGAGAUGGUACAUCGCGUCAAAGUAGCCACCAUCUUCGAGGGGAUAACAGCAGUUGGGGCCAAUGCGUUGAAAAUUGCCACGAGUCCAGAAGUUGUGGAAGUUAUGGUGAGAGUGCUCGAAGUGAUUGAAGAUACUCCUCUGAAGCUCUCUAUUGACAAGUCAUUACGCAACAUAGCCGAAGGAAACUCCAGCCUAUCGAGGGGAAUAUCAAUUGGUACAGAUUCCAUAGAUCGCUUGCUAGAGGUCUUGGACUUAGACUCAGUGUUGGACUCAGACUCAGUGUUGGACUCCGAUGAGUCCGACACGGAGGAAUUUUCAUUGUUUGGUUUUCGAUUUUAGAGUUUGCUAGUAUUGUUUGUAGUUUCCAUUAUACUCAGUCUUGUAAACACCAGUUUUACUUGUUCUUCUAACAUCAAGAGUACUUCUAGAUUUUUUGCUUUGAUUGUUGUUAUUUCUAGCUUUCUCGAGUGUUAUUAUUUCUAUGUUUCUCUUUGAGUGUUACUACUUCCACUUUUGGAG